AUGAAGAUUUCCCGCACUCUUUCCGUAGCUGCCCUUGCAUUGCUGCCGCAUCAGGCGCUCGCAGACUCGAAUGUCCGCUAUGCCUCCACCGACACUGUGGUGCUCAAGUCUGACGGCAGCAAGCCUGACGUUCAGAUAGUCGACUUUGGCGAGAAUCACGAGGGGUUUCCUACAUUCGAGAUCAUCUCGGCCUCUGGCAACACAUCCGUCUUUGAGGUUUCGUACGCAGAGGGCUACACCGCUCUCGACUCUUACAUGAGCGAUGGUCCCAUCAUCAUGGCGGCAGCGAUGGAUUCGUACCGCGUGAAGAGGUACAACAUCUCGAAGCCUGGAGUGUUCGAGAACCGCCUUGUCCAAGGUGGAUUCCGCUACCAGAAGUUGAACCUCUCAUCCGCGGGCGAGCUUCACCUCAGCAGCAUCGGAACACGGCCCACGGUAGACACCACGCCCAUCAAGGACCUUCCUGGCUAUUUCGAAUGCUCAGACGACGAUAUCUCGCGCAUCUGGAGCGCUGGCGCCCGCACGUCCCAACUCACCGAGAUACCCAAGGAUAGCAUUCCGGACUUUUGGAUCGUUUCCGAACAAGGAUCCUUGGUUGACUCUGUGGCACCACAAAACUAUGCCUACGGCUCAGCUUUGAGCAGCUACAACCUUUCCGUCGAAGUCAAGCCAAGCACGGGAGCUUUCACGAUUGGCGUACUCAUGGACACGCUAAAUGCUGGCCUGUUCAUCAAUGCCAACGUGUUUGAAGGCACGUUGGCAGCUGUCGCUUCGGAUGGAAGCUCAGCCAUCGCAACUGCGUCUUUCGAGCCUUUGCUCUCGGCUGGACCAGUCCCGGUUGUGGUCAAUGUCCAGGGCUCCAACAUCACCGUUACGAUCGACACCAAGGACGUUGCCUCGUUCUCGCAGAGCAGAUUCACGUUCGGCUCUUUUGGUCUGGGGGCUCCUCUCGCCCAUUCAGCCGUAUUCAAGAACCUCAAGGUCACCGACCUUACCUCUGGACAGGUCGUGUACGAUAAGGCUCUCACAAACCGCACCAUUUUGGACGACUUCUUGAUGGGCACCAAUCCCCUAAACACGAUCGUUGAUGGAUCCCGCCGUGAUCGCAUCGCUUACAAUGGCGAUCUGGACGUCUCUGUCGGCGUCAGCUUCGCUAGCACGUAUGCCACGGACUUUGUCGACGGCUCCCUGGAUCUCCUCGGCUCUUAUCGGCUCGAGAGCGGUCCUUUCGUCCCAACUGCCAAAAUACAGCAGCGUCCCCUUCCUGCGCCCCUUCCGAUCAAUGCCACUGGGCUGAUCGGUUAUUCCUUCAACUUGAUCUGCGCCAUGGCGCAGGCUCAUUACUUUAGCGGAAACCAAUCCAUCGCAACGACCUGGGCGCCCGCUGUCGUGUCAAUGCUUGACUGGGCGGAUUCGAAGCUUCAAGACGGACUCUUCACACUCAACGACUCGUCUCUCGUUGGAGACUGGAACUACUACGAUCCUCCCCAGACCGGCGCCAGCGCCAAAUUCAACAGUCUCUAUGCAUACGCUUUGCAGCAGAGCACCCCGCUUCUCAAGGCUGCUGGCGUCGACGCAACAGUGUACGAGGCUCGCUUGGACUCACUUCGAAAAGCCAUCCACGACCGUCUUUGGAACUCGACACUCGGUGCUUACGCCUUGUCAUCAGAGAUCGCCGACGGCUUUGCCCAGGAUGCGCAGGCAUUUUCCAUCUUGGCCGGCGUCCCACAAUCGAACGGCAUCUCUCCCGAAGCCAUCUUACAGACAAUGGAGCAGAAGCUGCUUCUCGAUGCUGGCCCCCUGGCUUUUUCCAACGAGACCGUUGCUCAUGGAUUUGCCCGCAAAAUCAGCCCCUACGCAACCUCUUACCAUCUUCGUGCUGCUCUCGAAGUCGGCGAUGGAGGCACUGCCAAGAAGCUGCUGAAAAGCCUUUGGGCUCCCAUGGUCGACCCCUCGAACGCCAAUUACACAAACUGCAUAUGGGAGACGCUCAACCCAGAUGGCACGCCCGGCCUCGGUCAGGGUACCUCCUUAUGCCACGGUUGGGGUGCUGGACCUACAUCCGAGCUCAACAAGCAUCUCCUCGGUAUCACUCCCACCGCUCUCGGGUUCGAGGAAUGGCAAGUGAAGCCGAUCACACUCGAUCUCGCAUCGGCAGCGGGUCGUCAGCCAACGCCCAAGGGCACAAUCCAUGUGUCCUGGAGAUUCGAUAACGAGCUGCUUCGCAUGGAGAUGGACGGCCCGAAGGGCGGGAAGGUCUACCUGCCACAGCCGCUCAGAAUCGGCCCGGAUGUCUCAGCUUUCCACGUCAACGGCAAGAGCAUUGCAGCCGACGAGUUUCCGGUCAGCGUCGCUGGGCCCACAAUCAUUCAGCAGGUGCGGAGGUGA